AUGACCGACUCUGCCGAACCCAGUCGUGCCGUCUACGGCUUCAAGUGGUUUUUGGUCGUACUUGCCAUCGUAUCCAGCCUCGGCCUAUACGCUCUGGAUAACACCAUCGUCGCGAAUAUUGUUCCCAUCAUCAUUCAAGACUUGGGCCAAGCUGAACAGCUUGCCUGGCUUUCUGUGGGCUUCACUGCCGGAGGUCUCUGUCUUCUAUUGCCCCUUGGCAAGAUAUACGCCCUCUUCGAUCCCAAAUAUGUCUACCUCGCUUCGGGACUUCUUUUCUUCGUCGGCUCUGCACUUUGCGGUGCGGCUCGCAACAUGAACACCAUGAUUGUGGGUCGCGUAGUGGCUGGAAUCGGCGGAAACGGGUUAUACAUGGGUUCUGUUACCCUCUUGUGCCUCAACACCUCGCCGCGAGAAAGACCUGUGUACUUGAGCCUCAAUGGCCUCAUCUGGGGUGUCGGUACUGUCCUCGGACCUAUCUUGGGAGGCCUCUUCGAAAGUGCCGGCGCUGGCGGAUGGCGAUGGGCCUUCUAUAUCAAUCUAUGUGCAGGCGCUGUUCUCGCUCCAAUCUGGAUAUUUCUCCUUCCUUCGGCAUCGCCGGCUGACAAGCCCUCGAAACGCGCUCGCGCUGCCAGAUUAGAUUGGCUUGGUACCAUCUUCAUACUCGCCUCCAUGCUUCCACUGGUGCUGGCAGUUGACUUUGGAGGCAGGCUGUUCAGCUGGAGUAGCGCUGCCUCAAUCGUCCUCUUCGUCCUCGCCGCCGUAUUUCUGGUUGUGUUUGCGGUACAGCAACAUUUCAGUUUUACCACGAACGAACGAGAUCGGCUCUUCCCCAUGCAUUUUAUGACCAAUGGUCACGCUGUGCUUCUAGCUGUCAUUGCAGCUGCAUGCGAUGUCUUCACUUUCGUACCGAUUUACUACAUUCCUCUUUAUUUCCAGUUCACACGUGGCGAUGACGCUCUCCAGUCAGGUGUUCGACUUCUUCCCUACAUUGCACUUCUCAGUGCCGCCAUGCUGGCGAAUGGGGCUUUCAUGUCCAAGGUGGGUCACUACAAGGCAUGGUACGUCGUCGGAAGUGCACUCGCACUCAUAGCCACUGUUCUCUUGUGUAAGCGUCCUCGUGCCCUACAUGCUUCGCAAUCUCACACUUUAGCAGCUCGAGUAACGAUCGACACCCCGACACGCAAUAUCUAUGGUUUCGAAAUACUUCUUGGUUUGGGCUCGGGCGCCUAUGUGCAAGCCGGUUACGCUGUCCUCUUUUCCAUCCUCGAGCCAAAAGACAUGGCCUUUGGUACUAGUUUCAUGAUGUUAGCGCAACUUUGUGGCAUCACCUUUGGCCUAGCUAUCGCCAGUGCAAUCUUCGUCAACGACGCCGUAUCCUCAAUCGCUACCGUUCUCCCCAAUUUGUCAAGCGAACAAGUUCAGCAUGCCAUAGAAGGGGCAGCAGGCGAACUCUUCUCGGGUCUCGAUAAAUCGUCGCAGACUGCGCUUUCCAACGCGCUGGUCAAUUCUUUGCGAAAGACAUUCAUACCAUGCUACGCAGCAGCUGCAUUGUGUCUGGUUCUUUCUGUCAUACUACCAAUGCACGCGAGUUCCCCGUCCGACUCAGAGUCCGCGCUCACGGACAAGGAUGCUGGCCGUGUCAAGGAAGCGGAUGAGUCAGAGAGCCAAUAA